AUGUGUGAGGAAUGUGGAUACAGGGCGGCUAAAAAGUCAAUCUUGUCCAGACAUAUGAGAAUCCAUACAGGAGAAAAACCCUACAAGUGUCACCAGUGUGACUAUUCUGCAGCAUGGAAAUAUGCUUUGGACCUACAUCUAAUAAAACACACCGGUGAGAAACCCUACAUGUGUGGGGAGUGUGGGUACAGGACAGCUGUGAGGUCCAACUUAUCUCGACACAUGAGAAUCCAUACAAGAGAAAAACCCCACAAGUGUAACCAGUGUGACUAUUCUUCAGCACAGAAAUCUGAUUUGGACAAACAUCUAGCAAAACACUCAGGUGAGAAACCCUACAUUUGUGAGGAGUGUGGGUACAGGACGGCUAAAAAGUCUCACUUAUCCCAACAGAUGAGAACCCAUACAGGGGAAAAACCCUACAAGUGUGACCAGUGUGACUAUUCUGCAGCACGGAAAUCUCAUUUAAACGAUCAUCUCACAAAGCACAGUGGUGAGAAACCUUACAUUGGUGAGAAAGCCUACAUGUGUGGGGGGUGUGGGUACAAGACAGCUAGAAAGUCUGACUUAUCCCAACAUAUGAGAACCCAUACAGGAGAAAAACCCUACAAAUGUGAGGAAUGUGGGUACAGGUCAGCUCAAAAGGCCAACUUAUCCCAACAUAUGAAAACCCAUACAGGAGAAAAACCCUACAAAUGUGAC